AUGACUCGCUCACAUCCGCACAACGUCGGUAUCAAGGCCAUGGAGAUCUACUUCCCCCACCGAUACGUUGCCCAAUCGGACCUUGAAAAGUUCCUCGGCGCCAGCGCAGGAAAACAUACCAUUGGAUUAGGUCAAACUAACAUGAGCUUCUGUGAUGACCGCGAGGAUGUCCACUCUCUCGCUCUCACGGCCGUCUCCUCCCUCCUCCAAAAGUACACCAUCGACCCGCAUUCCAUCGGCCGCCUCGAAGUCGGCACCGAGUCGAUGCUCGACAAGGCCAAAUCCUGCAAGUCCGUGCUGAUGCAGCUCUUCGACACAAACACCGACAUCGAAGGCAUCGACACCUACAACACCUGUUACGGGGGCACCAGCGCUUUGUUCAAUGCCGUGCACUGGAUCGAGUCCUCUGCAUGGGACGGCCGCGAUGCUAUUGUCGUGGCAUCCGACAUCGCCAUUUACAAUCAACCAGCUGCACGUCCUACCGGUGGAGCGGGAUGCGUGGCUAUGUUGGUUGGCCCAAAUGCACCGCUUAUUCUGGAGCGUGUGCGCGCGUCUCAUAUGCAGCAUACGUAUGACUUCUACAAGGCCGACUUCAAGUCUGAGUAUCCCCGCGUCGACGGUCAUUAUUCUUCCAGGUGCUAUCUGCAAGCUCUGGAUGCUUGUUACAGACGGUAUAAAAUGAAAUCCGCGGCUUUGGGUGGAGAUUCGAGCCAAGCAGCAGCUUCUUCGAUAGAAGACUUUGACCACUUUGUCUUCCAUGCACCAAACUGCAAGCUUGUCGCCAAGGCGUAUGCACGUCUUCUGUACGAUGAUUUCAUUGCUGGUCCUGAGAACUCGGAUCUUGGGCCUGGGGCUAUUCCUUCGACAUUUCGGAAUAUGUCUGACAAGGCCUCUCUUGCGGAUAAGAGCUUGGAAAAGCUCUUGAUUGGAUUGAGCAAGGGAAAAAUUCACCCUACGCGUCUGAUCAGCCUUCUCAGCAACGCACCCAGCGGCGGACUUCUUGACAAGCGGAUUGGCGUGUUUAGUUUUGGGAGUGGUCUGGCAAGCACUAUGUUUAGCCUGCGGGUUGUCGGUGAUGUCCAGGCCAUCAAGCAGAAAAUUGAUUUGCAUACACGUCUAGCUGAACGAGUGAGGGUUUCCCCCGAGGUUUAUGGAGAGAUGUGCCAGCUUCGGGAGAAAGCGUACCAGCAGAAAGACUAUACUCCGGUAGGUGACAUUGAUACACUCGUGCCGGGGACGUACUAUCUUGUUCAGGUUGACGAGUUGUUUCGGCGGAAGUAUGCAACAAAGGGAUAA